CUAAAAGGUGAUUUAACUUUAGGUAGCCGCGGUAUCGGGCCACUUUCAUACUUCGGACAAACUUAUUUUGAAGGUGGGGGGGAGGGCUUCCACAUUUUUUUACAGCCUCGACCGUGAAAAUUGAAUACGUGAAUCGAAGGAAAACGAAAGUUUAGUAAUUAUUCGUAUCUUCGGCGAGUAACUUGCUUAUGUAAUUUUGUGUAAGGUGACUGUUUUAAAAGGUGAGAUUGUGAGUGCAUUUCUUAAGUAACUAUGACCGGAAAUGGAAAACUAUUGAAAGAUCGGAAUCGCGUGGACGAGAUGUUCGCGGAUAGGACAUUGCUAAUCACCGGAGGCACGGGAUUUAUGGGCAAGGUUCUCGUCGAGAAGGUCCUAAGGACUUGUCCUAGCAUUAAAAGGAUCUACUUGCUCAUCAGGAACAAGAAGGGGAAGAACCCGCAGGAACGACUUAAGGAGUUAUUCAACAGUGCGAUCUUCGAUCUACUCAAAAAUACCGAAGUGGAAACACUAAAAAAAGUCGCAGUAAUUUACGGAGAUGUGCUAGAAGAAAACUUGGGCCUCUCGAAGGAGGACCGAGAAAUGCUGAUAAAUGAAACGAACGUCGUCUAUCAUCUUGCCGCCACCAUCAGAUUCGACGAUCCCUUAAAGAAAGCAGUCCUGUUGAACGUAAGGGGGACGAAGUACAUGCUAGAUCUUGCCAAAGAAUGCAAAAAUCUGAUUGUUUUCAAUCACGUCUCCACCGCGUACUGCCAUUUAAAGGAGAAGGUGUUGUACGAAAGGGCAUAUCCACCUCCGGCCGAUCCGCACAUGAUUAUAAAGUUGGUCGAGUGGAUGGACGAGAGAGUUAUCGAUUCUAUAACUGACAGGAUCUUGGACGGCUAUCCGAACACGUACGCGUUUACCAAAGCACUUGCGGAGGCACUCGUCGUUGACGAAAUGGACAAUUUACACGUGACAAUUUUACGACCUCCUGUUGUGGUCCCAAUAUGGAAAGAGCCCAUACCAGGCUGGACUGAUAACAUCAACGGACCGAUGGGUCUUCUAAUUGCCGCCGGCAAGGGCGUACUGCGAACGAUGUACUGCGAUUCUCAGGGAUACGCCGACUUUCUUCCGGUGGAUAUCGCCGUCAACGCGAUGUUGCUUACCUGCAUGGACUCCGUCGUUCAAAAGAAAAGACGUAUUUACAACUGUACGUCGUCGUUCGAGUACAAAGUGUCGUGGCAAGAAAUUAUUGAGAUAGGCAAGGGAAUCGUCGCGAACCGAAUACCACUAAACGGUGUCGUUUGGUAUCCCGGAGGAUCGAUGAAGAGCUCCAGAUUGCACCACUACCUUUGCGUCAUCCUCUUCCAUUAUAUUCCCGCGAUUAUUUUGGAUUCGAUUAUAUUUUUGUCGGGAAACAAACCAGUGUUGUGGAGGGGACAGCAGAGGAUUACCAAAGGAUUUGAUAUCUUUGAGUACUACGCCAACAAUCAGUGGGACUUCAAUAAUGACUGCGCCCUCCAAGCGCGCGACUUGCUCACGGAACGCGAGCUGGAGCUGUACAAGGUGGACGGACAAGGUAUGGACCUGGACGAGUACUUCUACCACUGCACGCACGCGGCUAGGCUGUACAUACUUAAGGAAGGAGACGAGACUAUCGCCGGUGCGAAGAGGCACAUGAUGAUAAUGUGGUGUGUAGACAAGCUGUGUAAGUGCUUACUUGUACUCGGUUUCUUCUACCUCAUGUAUCAGUAUUUUCUUAAACCGCUAAUGUAGACAAUUAAAGUGCUUGACCAGAUCGAAACCCAGUUGCACUCGUAGAUUUAAGACUUGGAUAAUUUGUUACACGCAUUGUACAAUUGUUUAAUAAAUUUUAUUGUUUCUCCA